CAGCACCAGCGACCGCCGCCGACAUCCCUACACGCCUGCACGAUUAGAGACACCAAACUAGAAGAGAUGAGAACAGCCUGUGUUAUAUUAAUGAGAGAGACCCCAGAGAGAUGUGUGAACUGAAGCCCAGAGAGGUGAAGUGACUUGUUGACCACCACAUGGUGUGGCUGAGCCGGAAUUUGGAUCCACGCCUUAGUACAAAUCCAGGGCUUUCUCCAUCAGACCCUGUUGCCUCUUCACUGGCAGAUAAAGCUUUCGAUCAGUGACUGAUGAGAAUUAAAGGCCAUGGAUGAAGAUGGACUUGAAUUGCAGCCACAAGAGCCAAACUCGUUUUUUGAUGCAACAGGGGCUGAUGCUACACACAUGGAUGGUGAUCAAAUUGUUGUGGAAGUACAAGAAACUGUUUUUGUUUCAGAUGUGGUGGAUUCAGACAUAACUGUGCAUAACUUUGUCCCUGAUGAUCCAGACUCUGUAGUAAUCCAAGAUGUUAUUGAGGACGUUGUUAUAGAGGACGUUCAGUGCCCAGAUAUCAUGGAAGAAGCAGAUGUGUCUGAAACAGUCAUUAUUCCUGAGCAAGUGCUGGACACAGAUGUAACUGAAGAAGUCUCAUUAGCACAUUGCACUGUGCCUGAUGAUGUUUUAGCCUCUGACAUAACUACAGCUACUAUGUCCAUACCAGAACACGUAUUGACAAGUGACUCUAUGCAUGUACCUGAUGUUGGACAUGUGGAACAUGUUGUUCAUGACAAUGUUGUAGAAGCAGAAAUUGUCACAGAUCCUCUGACAACUGAUGUAGUUUCAGAAGAAGUAUUGGUAGCAGACUGUGCCUCAGAAGCUGUUAUAGAUGCCAAUGGAAUCCCUGUGGAACAACAAGAUGAUGAUAAAAGCAACUGUGAGGAUUACCUUAUGAUUUCCUUGGAUGAUGCUGGGAAGAUAGAACAUGAUGUCUCUUCUGAAAUCACCAUGGAUGCUGAAUCUGAAAUUGACCCAUGUAAAGUAGAUGGCACUUGCCCUGAAGUCAUCAAAGUUUAUAUUUUUAAGGCUGAUCCUGGAGAAGAUGAUUUAGGUGGUACAGUGGAUAUUGUGGAGAGUGAACCUGAGAAUGAUCAUGGAGUUGGACUACUUGAUCAGAGUAGCAGUAUUCGUGUUCCAAGGGAAAAGAUGGUUUACAUGACUGUAAAUGACUCUCAGCAAGAAGAUGAAGAUUUAAAUGUUGCAGAAAUCGCUGAUGAAGUUUAUAUGGAAGUGAUUGUUGGGGAGGAAGAUGCAGCAGUGGCACAUGAACAACAAAUUGAUGACACUGAAAUAAAAACUUUCAUGCCAAUAGCUUGGGCAGCAGCCUAUGGUAAUAAUACUGAUGGAAUUGAAAACCGGAAUGGCACUGCAAGUGCCCUCUUGCACAUAGAUGAGUCUGCUGGACUUGGCAGACUGGCAAAACAAAAACCAAAGAAGAGGAGAAGACCUGAUUCCAGGCAGUACCAAACAGCAAUAAUUAUUGGCCCUGAUGGUCAUCCAUUGACUGUCUAUCCUUGCAUGAUUUGUGGAAAGAAGUUUAAAUCUAGAGGAUUCUUGAAGAGGCAUAUGAAAAACCAUCCAGAGCACCUUACCAAGAAAAAAUAUCGAUGCACAGACUGUGAUUACACUACUAAUAAAAAAAUUAGUUUACACAACCACCUGGAGAGCCACAAGCUGACCAACAAAACCGAAAAGGCAAUUGAAUGCGAUGAAUGUGGGAAACAUUUCUCUCAUGCUGGAGCUUUGUUUACUCACAAAAUGGUGCAUAAGGAAAAAGGAGCCAACAAAAUGCACAAGUGUAAAUUUUGCGAUUAUGAGACAGCUGAACAAGGGUUAUUGAACCGCCAUCUUCUGGCUGUCCACAGCAAGAACUUUCCUCAUAUUUGUGUGGAAUGUGGCAAAGGUUUCCGUCACCCGUCUGAGCUCAAGAAACACAUGCGUAUCCAUACUGGUGAGAAGCCAUACCAAUGCCAGUACUGCGAAUAUAGGUCUGCUGACUCUUCUAACUUGAAAACUCAUGUAAAGACUAAACAUAGUAAAGAGAUGCCAUUCAAGUGUGAGAUUUGUCUUCUGACUUUCUCAGAUACCAAAGAGGUGCAGCAGCAUGCCCUUAUCCACCAAGAAAGCAAAACACAUCAGUGUUUGCAUUGUGAUCACAAGAGCUCGAACUCAAGUGAUUUGAAACGACACAUAAUUUCAGUUCACACAAAAGACUACCCCCACAAGUGUGACAUGUGUGAUAAAGGCUUCCAUCGGCCUUCAGAACUCAAGAAACAUGUGGCUGCCCACAAGGGUAAAAAAAUGCACCAGUGUAGACAUUGUGACUUUAAGAUUGCAGAUCCAUUUGUGCUAAGUCGCCACAUUCUCUCUGUUCACACAAAGGAUCUUCCGUUUAGGUGUAAGAGAUGUAGGAAGGGGUUCAGGCAGCAAAAUGAGCUCAAAAAACAUAUGAAGACGCAUAGCGGCAGGAAAGUUUACCAGUGUGAGUACUGUGAGUAUAGCACUACAGAUGCCUCAGGCUUUAAGCGGCAUGUUAUUUCCAUUCAUACAAAAGACUAUCCCCAUCGGUGUGAGUAUUGCAAGAAAGGGUUUCGAAGACCCUCAGAAAAGAACCAGCACAUCAUGCGACAUCAUAAAGAUGUUGGACUGCCAUAAAAAUUAUUUCGCUGACUUCUGUGGAGUGGAAUUGUAAAGAAUAUUGGCCUUGAGACAGUCAAUUCAUUUUAAAGCCAAUCAGUUGUGAUUACAAAAAAAUACUGUGCAUUGAUUUAUGCUGUAUACAAAUAGGAUUAUUGCUUCUAGUUGGAUUUUUUUUUUUUGUUUUUUUGGUUUUUUGUUUUUUUUUUUUUUUUACAUUUUGUUAAAUAGCGUGUUCUGGAUUCUAUUCAGUUUGUUUAAUAAAUGAGGAAAAGAUGGCAACAAUAAAGUUGCAUUUAAUAAAGUAAUCCCUGCCUCUAUACUGAAUCUUUCAGUCCUAGUAGUUUUUAUAUUUAUUUAAAUAUUACCUUGCUUACCUUGCUUACCUUCUUGGUACUCACCUAAUACCAUUUAACUAAAGAUAAUUUAAGAUUGGUAACUUGCAAAGUGUUCAUGUUGACUCAUUUGUGUCACAAAUUUUAAAGGUAAUUUGCAUUUUCUCAUGAUGAAAUUGUCAUACAUCUAAUAUAUAUAUAUACAUAUAUAAAUAUAUAUGGGAGAUUUUAUUGUCAGAUCUAGCUGUCAUAAUACGGAACUCAUUUAACUGUCUUGUUUACUAUCUUAAGAUCAUGUGACAACAGAACUUUACAUUUAAGCUUUUAAGUCUAACAUUACUGAAUGAAAAAGCUGUGGUUUUUAAAUUCAUUUUUAGCAGAAAAAUUGUUUGGGUCUUUUUUGGAGUAUUUACAUCUUUUGUCAGCACAACAAACUUUUAAAAAGACAUACUGAAGAUUUUUGCUUAUUACUAUUGUGUCUGCUAUUCCAUCUGUGCAUUUUUGUCUUGGAAUGGUUGUGUACUACAAAUGAAACAGUACUGACAAUGAAUUUUGGAAUUUGAGAGAGAUCAUUCCUAUGGCUCAUAGAGUAGUUUGCAACUUUGUAUGUAAGUGUACCUCAAAUUUUAUGUAUACAUAUAUCUCUGUGUAUUACUUAUUUUACACAUUUAUACACGCGUCCUAAGACAAUGGCUGAGUUAAAAAUUUCAAACUAAAAAGGACUUAAUUUACAAUAAUUUGUGAAAAAUUCAGGGAUGUACUUGAUAGACCAUUUUGUAAAACAUACUAUUUAGAGAAGAGACCUCAGGUAAAGAAGUAGAAAGAAAAUAACGUAUGUAGUAUUUUUAAAAGAAUAAAGGUAUUUUCAUUAAAAUAUCUUUAAUAAUUGAGAAAUAGAAAUGAUACAUUUCUAAAUAGAAUGUUUUUCAUGAUAUUUCAGCUUCAUAUUAUUCCAGAAAAGUGAUUAUUAUCCAUACACAACUAAAUUCAGUUCUGUGAUACAAGCAGCUUGAGAGAACAGUAUAUAUCUCUCUCACCAAGCUAAGAGUAUGAAGGAUGUGAAGAAGGAGCUAUAGAUCUCUAUAAAUGAGUACUGAUUAUAUAUAGAUGUAGCAAGUUUCAGUUAUUAUACCUUAAACAACUGCAGUGAGUGAAAAUGUAAAUGGUUCAACACCUUAGUCAGCACUGAUUUAAAGAUUACAGCAUUCUUAAGUAUGCAGAAAGAAGAGCUAAGGCUUUGUAUCGAUUAGCAAGUCUUUCAUUGUUUUGUCUUUCUUUGCAGUUGAAUUUUUUAAACCAGUCUAAAUCAAUCUAAAUAAGCAAGGGUAUAAUAGAUAGUAGAUUCCAGACAUUCUUAACCUAAAUUUGCUUGAAGUUAAUAUGGAUUUUGAGGUGGGGGAGGGAAAUACAUAUAAGUACCCAGAAAUGGCUACUGCCACUUAAUUCAAUUCCCUUCUGUUUCUGGCAUUUUUUUGGAAGUUUCAAAUGCCUCUUCCCAUCACCUUGCCUGCCACACUCUCAAGUCUGAUACCAGUGCUGCCUGUUACUGUCAUGCUUCUCUGUCCUACCUUUGCUUUCUGAUUUUCAUCUUUCAUCAUCUUUCCUUUUAGCCCCAGUAUUUGGAUUCAGAAUUGUAUAGAAUACUACAUUUUUUUUUCAAAGUAUUUGACAAAUCCCCAGGGUAUUAGAUUUAUUUAGUUUUAAGUUAAGUGCUUCAGGCUGCUAUGAAGUUGGUGGUAAUCAAAGCUAAGAUGUGUUUUCUGGUACUUCAAUGUCCUUCAUACUACAUUACCCCACAUAAUACAUUUCAUUGGUCACAUAUGGUUGUGCAGUCCAUCGAUAUCUAGUAUUGUCCUUGAAAACUAAAUGUUAGUAUUUUCAUCACAGUCUUUUUUUUUUUAAGUCUCCCCUGUUAAUCUUGAUUUUCUUUUAAACAGUGUAAAAGAACUGAAAAAACAUGCUGUAAAAAUGAAAUUAGUACAAAAGUAGCCAUUUUAACUAUAUUUUUUUAAAUAAACUGAAAGAUAAAGAACACAACACUUUACACACUUUGUAUUUCUCUUACAUAGUCUGGAAUCAUACACAAUUUUUUUUUAAAGCACAAUAUUGAAACCUUUAAAAGGUAAUUAAGGGUUUGGUCAAGUGGAUUUUGUAAAAUGUAUUCGUCUGUAUAAAGAGAAAAUGGAAUUGUAGUUAUUGUUAUGUACUGACAUUAGUUACAGGAUAGUUUUAAUUCUUAAAACAAUUUGCGUAGCAAAUGCUAUGAAAUGGAUGUUUCAGUUAAAUGUUUUAAAGAGGUACAGAUUUUUACAAGGACAUAAUAUAAGUUAUUGUUCUGUAGAAAUAUCCUAUUAAAUAUUGUAUGUCCCUCCCUCUGUAUACUUUGUAAAAAAGUAAAAUACAUAAAAAGAAAAUCAUAUAGGGAAGUGUGACAUUAUUGUAAUUGUGUACUUGAGAAUAACGUGCAAAAAUAAAAAUCAGAAUAUUUUCCUGUUAAUGAAUGUUUAGUCUAUUUGAUACCAGUACUAAGUUAAUGCUUUUUCUUAAGAAAAAUGUACAGUUUUUGUAAACCUAAUAAACAAAAUACAGUGGAUUAUUUUCAUUUCCCCAUUUCUUAACUCAUUUUGUGCAGUACUGGAAUGCAAAAUGUCAUUGCUUUGAAUUUUUGACACAAAUGCAUAUAUUGAGAAUCCUUUAGUUCUGUGAUUUUGCAAGUAAUAUUUUAUAAAAUUUUAGGUAACUGGUGACAUCUUUAAUGAGUAUGUCCUUGAAAUUCAUUUGUGGGUUUUUUGUUUCUUUAGCAGCCAUUGAGAGGAAAAGAUAAAGAGAAAAAAAAUAUUGUAUAGACUAGUGCCACAAUGUCCAUAAAGCUGUUUUUGAGAGGAUUUAGAAUUUUUUUUUGCCAUAAAUCCACAACACAUUAAAUCAGUGUUUAAUUUCAUGAGCCUUCAUUAUGUCCAUGACAGAAAAACAUUCCACAUGUUUUUCACUCUUUCAGAUAGAGGACUGACUGAUCUUGUCAAGUUUGAAGUUAGCUAGCAGGAGUCCAAAUAGCAGCACUGACAAGACAGGAAUAAAGUGACAGAAUAACUAAUAUUCGAUGACUAGUUUAGUAAAUAAGUGUAAUCAUUUCUCAAUGUAAAGUAGUAAUUAAACCUUGCUUAUCUGAUGCAUUAUCUGAUUAGGGAGAAAAUAAUUCUUCAAUGAAAAAAGCCUACUUAGUAAUUAAGACUACCAUCUGAAACAGUUAAAUGGAACAAAAUAUAGUAAUUGUUAACUUAUUUGAAGUUGUGAAUCAAAUAUAAAAACCAUAGCAAUCCAGGAUUCAGCUAACUAAUUUUAAUAAGACAGGUAAUAAAUAGAUCUAGCCAUCUCUUGAGUCUGUACAUUGACUUUCUCUCUUUAUCCUUUGGGUAUCAUUAACAGCUGUUAUUCCCCCCCCCCUUAAUUUUGAAAGGAAAAGCUACAAUAAAGCACUCGCAGAAAAUUAGGAUCAUUAGUCUGACAUUUCAUUAUAUGGGACAUAGAAGGGAAAGUAUUACAAAACAUCAGAAUGAAGAAGUGGAGGUGAAACAUACUUGCGAAGUUUGAACCUCAUGCUUACCUUGUAUGAUUUGGAUGAUAAAAGUCCAAUGAGAUGUCCGUCAAAGGGUUAACAUCUCUUCCAUUUCAUAAAUUUUACAUAGCCUCCGAUGUUACAUUCCUUAAAGGGUAUAGACAAAGUUUUUGUGUUUUAUUUUUUUACUACCAUAGGGGUAUUUAAAAGUUCUUAAAAAAAACAAAACAAACAAU